AUGGAGGCAACAAACAUGUCAAUCGACUCCAGUUUCUCGCAAGGGACAAGCUCAGAAAGCACGUCCAGAGAAGGGAGCCAAGGUUCUUCAAGCAAAUGGUUUGCCAGAGCAAAAGCUUUUGAUGUCUUUCCAAGGCCAGAUCCAAACCGAAAGCCUUCAACAUGGUGGCUCAUCAUUUUCGCUGUCCGGUUGUUUUUCCUUCCUACCUACACGUGGAUGCGGACGCUGUGGGCCAAGUUCUCCUCGAAACUUCCGAAAAGGGGCAAAGAAAACAGUGUAAGACGACACCCGACUAGAUUCUUCUAAGCAAUACUAACCAUACAACAGCUACAAGACAUAGAGUUUGGUGUUGUUAAUUCAGAAAAUUUGCCUUCCAGACCACAAAAUCCGUCAAGUCAACCGACUGAAACUGCGGAAUUGCCAAAGACGCCACAAAAUUUAAUGGGAGAUGAGGUAAAGCAAGAGGUAGGUAUGGAGAAACUUACAUAGAAACAUCCUGAUGAGACGACAGUCCCCAAACUCUGAUGCUAGGGCUACCAGUCCCCCAAAAGACCCCCUCAUCACUAAUGUGUAA